UCCGUCUCUCAGGCACACCGUGUCUCAGUGAAGGGGAUUCACCGUAACCAGCUGUGGCUUAUUGUGAUUCUCACCUCCGUCACUCUCUGCUCCCCGCAAGGAAACGUUCCUUUUUCUCCUCAUCAUUUCAUUUAUGUUUUUUUUCUCUGCCUCUAAAUUAAAUUUCUCCGGUGACAUUUUAAAGCUGUCAACCAGACCUGUGGAAGGUACUCUCAAGAGGCACUGAGAGACAGAGAGCGUAGGAUAAGUUUUACUCCAGAUCAAAAGACACCUUUCUUUUUUUUCAGAUCUCGUUCACCUUUUGAUUGACAGACUUUUUACUAUGGUAAACUAAAGACAGUGGCAUUAUAGCACAGGAUUUUUCUAACCCAAACUCAAGAUACAGGAUUUGUUUAAUUAUCUCAAUUCAAACGCAAAGAAUCACCAGAUUCCCUGAAGAUUCUCUGUGGACUUUAAUGGCUCUAGACAUACCUGCAGUAUGUGUGAAAUUUGGGGGACCAGAGUGAGCUAGGUGAUGGUUCAACGGGCAAACGGACCUAGAUGCUACAUUUUUCUGUUCAGGCUGCCAGUCUGUUUGCGGCUUACAAUCAAGCGAUGACCACUGUAUCCAUGAAACCCCUGCUGGUCCUGGUGGAUCGGAUCCCCAACGCCACUGACCCGCCUUUUGACUCUGCCCCUUCCUCUCCCGAAAACACAGCCGCCACCUUCACCAUAGGCUGUAUACUCUCCCUCAUGUGUCUGGUCGGCGUUUCCGGAAACAUCUACACCCUCGUGGUCAUGUGUCACUCCAUGCGUUCCGCAGCGUCCAUGUAUAUUUACAUCAUCAACCUAGCCUUGGCGGAUCUGCUCUAUCUGUUGACCAUCCCGUUCGUUGUCUGCACGUACUUCCUGAAAGGUUGGUAUUUCGGCGAUGCGGGGUGCAGGAUUCUGAUCAGUAUGGAUUUCCUGACGAUGCACGCCAGCAUUUUUACGCUGACCAUCAUGAGCACGGAGAGGUACUUUGCCGUGCUGAAACCGCUGGACACAGUCAAACGGUCCAAGAGCUACCGCAAAGCCAUUGCGGUGCUUGUAUGGGUGGCUUCCCUGGUCCUUACUUUACCCAUGAUCCUCAGGAUUCAGAUGAUGAUGGUAGGUAGCAAGGCCAUGUGCCAGCCGACCAUCUCUCCGCUGUCCUAUAAGGUGUACAUCACUUUCCUGUUCUGUACCAGCAUCGUGGCUCCGGGGAUGAUCAUUGGCUUUCUCUACAUCGGGCUGGCUCGCACCUACUGGAUCUCUCAGACAGAAACCUUCAAACAAACCAAGAAACUACCAAAUCAGAAGGUCCUCUACCUGAUCUUUACCAUCGUCCUGCUGUUCUGGGCCUGUUUCCUGCCCUUCUGGAUCUGGCAGCUCCUGGGUCAGUUCCACCCCUCCAUCGACCUCUCCACCAAGGCCAAGCGCAACAUCAACUACUUGACCACCUGCCUCACCUACUCCAACAGCUGCAUCAACCCUUUCCUCUACACGCUGCUCACCAAGAACUACAAGGAGUACCUGCGGAAGCGCCAACGUACCUGCACGGCGGGCAGCUACUUCAACCGGAGGAACCGGUUCCAGCGCUCGCCCAGGAGGUCGCUGUCCUCUAGCAGCCAGCAGUGCACGGAGAGUUUCGUGCUCACACACACGCCGUCACAGCGCACCAUGCACAACAACAGCCUGUGAGGUUCAGAGGGGACAGGAGGAAAAGGAGAAAGGAGUGGACAUAGCAGAUCCUACUGCUUAAACUCGUCAUCGUGGAACUAGAAAGAGGAAGACGAUGCGGUGAAGGAGGGGGAUAAGAAGGAAGAAAGUGCAGUGCACUCAGCAGACCUCACUCGUUCUUUAGAGGAAGAGGCAAGAUGAAUCUGGAUGCUUCUUGGACUAAUGUAAAGAGAUAACAAUCAUAAUUUACCCUCCAAACCAGCCUCCACUGAGCGACGGCAGUGACUUCAACACACACAGGAACCAUAGAGCUGGCAGCUCUUGGCCAAGAUUCAACUCAGAACAAAAAAGUGUAGGCCAUAUAGAAAUAAUGACACUAAUUGAAAAUCAUUAAACAAAAUAAUACGUUUUAAUAUUAGCCUAAUCAAGGUGUAGAAUACAUCACACAUUCCAGUGUUUGAACUUGUAAAACAGCUGCACAGGAUUUCUACUCCCUGUGAUAAUUAUAUCGCUGGGAGCCGCUUGUGAAUUUGACAGCUCCAAACCAGUUACACCGCCUAAACAAAAGCAAUGAUAAGUUAUGUGUUUGUAGUUCACCACGAGUUACUGUUGAUCUGAUUGAAUAUUGUCCCUUGUUUCUUUACGCUUGUUUAUAAAACACACACUAUGUUCUCAGCAUCCUGUUUAGGUUGUGUGUGUCACGCACCGACUUCCUGUGGAUGACUGUUUCAGACAGACAUUUUGGGGAGUGUCAGACAUUCUCACUUUCCAUUGAUCCCUUGCGGCGGUCCAUCAGAAACCCUGUUCAAUCUGUCACAUAAUUUGAAAACUUUGGGCCACAAGUGUUUAAGUCCAUCUCUAUGUAGUGUCGGGAUUUUCUGCUCUUUUGAGUUCACAUUAUUUUUGUGAAUUCCAAAUUCAGUUAUUCAUAGAGCAAAACGAGGACAAUGUUCUAUAUCGAAGUUGAUUCAGUUUCAUUGACAUUAUGUUUUUCUUCUGUGCAAGGUUGUACAUGUUUCAUGUUGAGGGAGACAAUGAAAUAUAUAUUUUCUGCUUUUGUUCUGUUCAAUCAGAAAAGUUUUAGCAAUGUUGCGUGUGUGCGCAUCCUUGCGCGUGGUUGUACGGGUGUGUGUACAACUGUGGUUGGGCUCAUGUAUGCAGGUUUUCAUCAAUCAACGAUGUUGUCAAUUACUAAGUACAGAGGGAGCAAAAAAGUUAUUAAUGAACAAACAAAGAUAAGAGACUCUUUACUAUAAGCCUUCAACCGUUUGGUUAACACAAUACUCUCUUCUUCAAAGACCCACACCAAUCACACCAGGAAGACUGAAACUGACAGUUCUAAUAUAAUGUCAGUGAAUGAACAAUUCAACAAGAUGAGUCCGAGCCAAAGGACUAUGAAAGGGCUUCAACUGUGGCAGAUCGAGGUGUGACAUACGCUUUCUGAAUAUACCGUAUCUGAUUACAUCUAUCAGGCCAAGUGUUACAGAAGUCAUUUGUUUAAAAUCAAGACAAUGGUAGAAUUCUGCUUUUAAAGACAUUUACCGAACGCGAUACAUUUGUUGGCAAAUGAAAUAUAUGGACGCUGUACAUUUUUCAGUUGUUGAUGUUGUAAUUGUAAUGUCUUUGCAAAAAUGCUAUUGUUUACGCAACUAUCCAAAUUCCUUUGCAUGUCAGGCUGUCUAAUACGCAGACAAAAUCAUAUUUACCCAUGGCACAUGCUCACACACUAGAGCCCUGCACAGGCCCAAACGCUUCUGCCAAAUGUAAGGCAGAAAUAACUUCCUCCAUUAUUACGUAAAUCCAUUAGCUACUCUUCUCUAUGUGUCACUGCACGCGCAGCUCACUCUGCAUGCACUCUGGUUCUGUCGGCUCUGUGUGUGUGUAUUUCCAUAGCAACGUCUCCGCAGCUACAAAGUUAUAAACCAGCCUAUUUUUUACCAUUUAUUUUCUUACAUCUUAUUUUAAACCUAACCCUAACCGUAAACUUAACUCUAACGUUAACCACACUACUAACCUUAUGCCCAACCCUAACCUUAAAUUAAGACCAAUAAACACAUUUUUGUUUUCAUGAAUUCUUACGAUAUAGACAAUUUUUCUUUUUUGGCUGUAUUAUCAAAGAGAAACCUUUUGCUUGGCCUACUCUGCUCAAUUACCAGACAUUAGAGAGCAGUUAGCUAGCUACUUUUUGUCAAUCUAAACAACGAACAGAACUCAAGAAACAUUAUUAUUUUCUGUGAAAGCACUUCUGACACCAUGGUAUGAUCUUAGUAAGAUAUGACCACACCGCGCAGCAGAGCAGGUGAUCAAUUUAGUGAUACCCGUGCCCCACCUGUACCUUAGUUAUUGGCGACAAAACAGGCCCUACCCGUCCCUAACAUGAUGUGGAAUGUCAGGACCCGUCGGGCUCAGGUCGGGUGGCAGAGCUCUAACACACCUCCAGGACUUGGCUUUUCACAGGGCAGACAUCUGUGCCUGGAGACUGAUAACGACUCUAGCAGACCCUGCUCCAGUCUACUGCUUAACAUGUUAAAAGAGAAGUUUCCUUUUUUUUUUUACAACCAAAUCUCUAUUUCUGAUGGAAAUGGCAUGUUAUAGACUGUUCCAGACACCUUUUUUAAAGAUUUCACUUGUUUUUAAUGUUGUACACAUGAAAUUGUGUCAUUCCGAACUUUUGCGGAUACAUUUCGGAAUGACACACUUUUAUGUAUACCACAUUUAAGGACCUGCAUCACUAUACUGAGAGUUUUGCUGUUUCUAAAAGGACGUUUAAAUUUUUUUUUAUUGCCUUUGUUAAUGUUUUUUGAUUCGCGGUUUGGGGUAAGUUUCUCAAAAACUGAAAGUGAAAUCACAAAAAGGUUUGUGCGACUCGAGCCAUUUCCAGUACGCAGGUGUGCAGGCCGGGUGUGUCCAUGUACUAUUUUAUUUUCUUUGAUAAAAAAACCCAAGUGAAAUCACAAAAAAAGUUGACUGCAGCCUUCUACAACAUGCCAUUCACAUCAAAAAAUGUUGAUUUGGUUGUAAAAAAGAAAGCUUUCCUUUGAAUGUUUUUGUCAUAUCGGGAACCAAGAUGUUUCUAUAUUUCCCUCUGGCUAACACAAAUAACGUAGCUAUAUUGCGCUCUUUGGCUCCGAUUUGCUCCCUUGAUCACACACACACACACAUACAUACACCUCUUUUGUGGUGGCAAAUACUCGAAGAUGGGAUAUUCACUUUUGAGUUGCUCCCCAUUGGGAAGAGUGUAAAUGUAAACAGCUUAGUUUUGGGUCAGGGUCAGGACCAGGGCCACAAACACACACACACACACACUGAUCAAAUGCUGAUUGUUUUCUUGUUCCUAUUGUUGGGUUUAGUCAGUUUGCUUGCUGGUGUAAACGUGUUGCUUCAGUUCCUGCCAUACUUUAUUUAAGACAACCGCCAGCGCUGAGCUGUGUCCAUCUACAAUAUGAGCACUUAUUAAAAAGAACUCUGUUUAA